AUGUCUUUCCACAAUUCCUCCCACGACAUCCGCAUCGAGUUCGCAGACCGUAGCACCUUCUUGGUGGCGAUGGUGAAAGACGCGCAUGGACAUCCUCACCCGAACCGUAUCAGGCUCGACAAACACAUCGGUAACAGUGAUGGCUGGUUCAUCUGGGGAGGAGAGAACUUCACCGCCACCGCUCGCGAUAUCCGUCUCGACCAAGGCCCCCGCGGACCGAAGCUGACGGCCGAACUGCCCAUGAGAAACGGUGGCUUCCGAGAACGCCAGGGCAUCGAUUUGGCGGAUAAGAUCGAGAACCAGAACGGACACCUUGUAUUCUUGGUGAGAGCUCUCUUAGAAGUAUAA